GUGUGGUUCUGGGUCCAGAUGUUCCUCAACACAGUUCUGGUGGUCCUGACGGACCUGGUGGCUCAUCUGGUGGGGAACAAGGUGUUCCGGCAGCAUUUCCACCUGCUGCUGUCCGGAGUGGUGAUGUUCGGUCCGGUCCUGAGCUUCUGGGUCUCCCAGCACAGCAUCUUCGCCAAGAGGACCCACUUCCUCUACAGGAUGUUCUUGCGCUCCGGUUGGGGCUGGACCUGCAUCUUCGUCGGCUCCUUCGUCUUCCUCCUCUCCUUCUCCAUCCGUCGCUCCGUCUCCCUCUCCGUCCGUCACCUCUCCCGGCUGGCGGUGGCCGGAGGACUCUGGCGUGGUUUCUGUAAACUCCUGGACCUCCUGGAGAACGCCACGGGGAGCUGCUACGAGUCCCUGGCCAACGGGCCGGAGGCCCCCAACGGGCCCCUGCUGGUGCUGAGGGAAGGGGAGAGCAAGGCGGAGUGCCUCAGGGCGGGGAUGCUGUGGCGGGGCUACGAGGUCUCCGAGGACGUCUUCCUGCUGUGUCUCUGCUGCCUGCUGCUGGCGGAGGAAACCGCCGUGUUUGGACCCUACCUGAGCCUGGGCGGGGCCUCAGGGGCCCCUCUGAGGAUCCUCUUCCUGUUCUGUGUUCUUCUGCUCUGGCUCUGGGUCUUCCUGCUGCUCUGCCUCCUCGCCUACUUCCCUCAGUUCCCCACCCAGCUGAUCGGAGGGGCCCUGGGCUGUCUGAGCUGGAGGGGCCUCUACCAGGGCUGGUACCGCCUGGGGCCCAGCUGGUACUGCCCGGGCCGGCCUGGACUGGGCCUGCUCAACAUCAAGACAGAGGAGCACUGACACCAAGAUGGAUUAAAUCAUGAACAAACUCUGAACGUGAAGAGGUGAAUCUGUUUAUCUCUACAUCAGGGAUGGGCAACUGGAGGCCCGGGGGCCACAUACGGCCCGCACCAUCACUUGAAGUGGCCCUCAGUACAACUACAUGCAUUUGAGCAUGAUAUUUUAAAAG